UAACCUGUCACUAACACGCUGUAGGAAAGAUCUGUUUUGGAGCUAAAAUAGCUUCAGCCCGAUACAUUCGGGGUCUACCUAUUUGUGCCAUUUUAUCUUUCUUUGAUUUGGGUCGUGUGGAUGACUGUCAUUUAAGAAAAGGAGAAGAAUAUUAACUUGCAAAGCCAGCGUUGAAGAAUAUUGUCUUGCAGUGUGCAAGGAGCAUUCUGAAUCAUUGAUAAUUCAUCUCAUAUAAAAAUUCAUCAGGGAAGGGGACUCUUUUAACUGUGUCACUCAGGCAGAGAAAUAUCAGUUUAUAUGUGUGUUCACCAGGGAAGGGGACUCUUUAACUGUGUCACUCAGGCAGAGAAAUAUCAGUUUAUAUGUGUGUGGGGUUGGGUGAUGUGAAUGUGAAAUGGUGCAAUCCCCAAAGCAUCGGCUCAGACCUGUCCUUGUCUCAAUCCUUGCUUGUUACAGGUAGAUUUAUCCUGUCACUAUUGGGGAUUUUUACUCUGAGAAUCAGUACCAAAUUUGGUCCAUUGAGAAUCUUCUAAUAAUGGAAUGGGAGAAUGCUCCUUGGAGAUCAUUGUAUGCCCAGCAAUUUCAGCACCAUGGCCAUCACAUGAAAGAAAGAAAGAUAGAUUUUAAUGAUGUUCAUGAGACUAAACAGUCUAUAAGAUCGAGAUCAUCGUCAAUAGUUUAUCUUCGAUGUCAGAUCUUCUACUGAAACAUGAUCUUGUGCUCCAUUUUGUUGUAGAGCUAUACAUAGGCAUUUGCAACUAUUGCUUUGGUGAAAAAAAGUCCUAGCCGAAGAGCAACUAGCGCUGGUGGUUUGCAGUCAUGAUGGGGAACUUGGAUUGGGGAGGGAUCUGCUUUGCAAGGUAUAGGCAUGGACAAGGACACGUCCCUACUGCUUUUAUCUCCAAGACUGAUGAGAUAAUGUCCAAGUAUAGACCGAUUGCUCCCAAACCCACUCCUGUGACUUCAAACGCUUGCGAGUAUAAUUCUAAUUGUAAACCCAAAUUCGAUUCCGUUUUGGGAUCUCGCUCAAAAUUUACCACUCGCAAGGGAAAAAGAAAUCAUAGAAAGGGGUCCUCAGAUUCACCCAGAGGCACAAAAAAACCCAAGGUUGGCCCUAACAAACACUCUGAGAGAAGCACCCAUAUGGUUGGGAUUACCGUUCAACCAAGUUCAAUAGCUGCUGAUAGGCCUACAAAGAUUGUGCACCCUUUUGAUGGGGUUUCGAGUGUAGAGAAAUUGAAUGCUGAGGACUCAGGGUUUAUGGAAAAAGCAGCAGCCAUGGUUCGUACAGAAGGAAGCAGCAUGCCAUAUAAAAAGGGUGCUGGACUGGGAGGCCUGACCAUAAUAAAGGUGAUGAGUUCAAUUGGCAGUGUGGGUGCAGAGAAUCCUGCAAAAAGCAUGGAAGCUGUGCCUGAGCAAACAACGGAAAAUACUCAAAGUGCUUGUGGGUCAUCUGAACUCUUGGUUUUUCCUCCUGUUAGUGACAGCCAACGACAGGAGGAAGAGGGGAAGAAUGGAAAAAAUGUGGUUACUCUUCCAUUGCUUCCAGAGACACCAUCAUGGCAUAAAAGCCUGGCCUUGGGCUCUUCUGAUUCUAAUUCUCCAUACUCUGAUCCCAAAUCUGACAUGCCUGACGCAUCGUCUGAUACAGGGGAGAUUCAGCUGAGACUUUUUGGCAUAAAUUUUAUCCAGAAAAGGGUUGGUCCAUGCCAAACUAGUAAGGAUGAGAGCCCAAAACCUAAUAUCUUUGUGCCAAGUGUUGAUUUUGCCCUCCUUGAACAUAUGUAUUCCGAGUCUGUUGAUCCGUUGAUUUUGUUGCUGGACAGUGAUCGUAAGGAUGUUUUAUGGUUCAAUCCAGCAUAUAUUAGGAUGGUUAAAGCUAUUGAGGAGAGAAACAGCAAUGCAUAUCAGCCACUUACCAUGAUCCCCACACCUCUUGCCUGUUACAUUUUCAAGGCAGCCUCUCAGGGCGUGAUCAACCUCAAGGCCAUCUUGUGGGGUUUUGUGAACAAGUUUAACAUUCCUGGAACUGCUAGUGAGUCCAAUAAUGAGACUUCAAUCAACAGAGAGCAUACUUUGAUGUCACAAGCAAGCUCUUCAAGUGCUCAUUUUAUGCAAAGGCCCCCAAAUGAUGUAAUGUCAGGGAUGCCACCAACCAGGGAGAGUUUAAGUCCAGUUGAAAAUGUCGUCAUUAGGCCACAGGCAAAUAGACCAGUGGGUUCCAUUAUUAACAUUGAAUAUAUCAAAGAAGCCAAUCAGCAAAUCUCUCCUCUCUGUAAAACUAUGGAUGAUAUUCACGAGCAGAUAGAAAGAGAGACUUUUCCAGCAUUUAUAUCCGACUCUACAAAUAGGGUGAAACGGACCAAUUCUGCAUACAAGAAGAUGGUGGGUCAACCAGAGUGUUCAGGCAGGAGGCUUGUCCAGUGAUAAGUUUGAUGCACCUUCAAAUUCAUGGAAUGGAGAAGUUGUACUGAAUGACAAGAUACCCCUUCCAAUAAUUGCAUUGAAAUGCUGUCUCAGAAUUCAGUGGACUAACAGCAAGGGCAAGAAGAGUUUGCUGAGGGCUCCUUGCGAGGUCUAUAAGUUGGGUAAUUUAUUGUGUUUUGCUGCUGGUUUCGAGCUUCCACUUUAGUUAGAGAUGAGUUUUAUAGCUAGUCAAUCCAGUUAAAGGUAGGCUAUUGUAAACCUACACUCUUGAAUCUGAUGGGUUUUAUUUGAUAA